AUGGAAGCCAAAGAGCGUUAUCGUGGUUGGACGAAAGAAUCACUGCUGGCGCGGAUUGUCGAAUUGGAGGCUCAAGCGACGUCGCAGCGCGCUGCACAGGCUAGGAUCGACACCGAAGCCCACGUUGCCAGAACGUCUCCCGCCACUCCCACUGCUGUGCUGACCGUUGAAGCCACAGAAGGCAGACGCACGCGCCAGAAACAGGCAGCAGGCAAGAAGGUUAAGAAGCACAAAGAAUUCGACUUUGCCUCUGCACCAUGUCGCAAGAUAGCACUGCGCUUCUCGUACGAUGGAGCGGGGUAUUCGGGACUAGCAGCGCAAAACACCACGGUGCCUGGCUCUGGAAGCUCGUUGCCGACGGUGGAAGGCGUGCUGUGGGAUGCGCUUUGUACAGCGCGUCUCGUCGACCCCGCAUUAGGGAUGGAUGGCGCUGGCUUCAGCCGUUGCGGAAGAACGGAUCGGGGCGUAUCCGCCGCAGGGCAGGUGGUAGCUCUCUGGGUUCGAAGCAAGAAGCUCAAUCAGUGGCCGGAUCGUCUCGAACAUCAAGAACAGUUUUCUCCUCUUGCCUCCUCUCUACUAUCCAAGCCAUCCCCGCAGGAAUGGGACGAUCUGCAAGAAAAGCGCAACGCAAAGCUGGAAGGCACGGAGCUACCGUACGUUCAAAUCUUAAACCGGAUCUUACCCUCCUCGAUCCGUAUCCAGGCGUGGUCACCUGUGAGGAGCAAUUUCUCCUCGCGGUUCGACUGCGUCUAUCGACACUACAAGUACUUCUUCCCCGCUGGGCCACCGCGACUUUUUUAUCCACGAUCGAAGACCAUCAACGGUGAAGAUGGAGUUGCAUUUUCUGUGGGGGGAGGUCAAGACGCGGGGGCAACGAGGUUGGAUAUUGCGCUGAUGCGCGAUGCCGCACGCCGGUUGUUGGGUGAGCACGAUUUCCGCAAUUUAUGCAAAAUCGAUGCAUCCAAGCAGAUUACGAAUUACCGUCGGCGGAUUGACGGGGUGAGUAUCGAUCGGGUGUCGUCGCACUGGCCGAGCAAGAACGACGGCGUGGAGGAUGAUGACGGCGGGGAAGAGGGCGAGGAGCACAUGUACGUGCUCAACCUGCGCGGGACAGCCUUCCUGUACCACCAGGUGCGCAACAUCAUGGCGAUCCUCUUCCUCGUCGGUGCGCGGCUCGAGCCUCCCUCGGUCAUCGAAGAGCUGAUGAAUACCGAGAGCGGCCGAAUCGCUGCUGAUCGCGUCAAGAUGCAGUUGGCUACUCAACGCGUGGCUCGAGCCACCGCCAAUUCCGAGCAGGACCACGAGGCGAUCAAAUGGUGGCUUCCCGUCAACGCCACCUCUUGCUCGGCGUCUUCGUCGCAGUCGACACCGGAGGAUGUUCCAAUGUGGAUGCAUUCGUCGCUGUAUUCCUCGUCGGCCGAUGACGAGUUGGAGGUGUACGCGACUAAGCCCAACUACGAAAUGGCGGCUGACCGACCGCUAGUUCUGUGGGAGUGCGGCUUUCUGCCCACGGACGUCGAGUGGAGGGUGGGAUCGUACGAUGGCGCGCUCUCAUGCAUGGGUGCCUCGGAUGCGGUAGAGAAUGCGGCUGCGGCGAGCCAUUCGUUGUUGCGCGUGCACAAAACGUGGACGCAGUUAGCAAUAUCCACCGAGCUAUCGCGACAUUUCGUGCUGGCUUCGCCAUCCGCUCAUAUGGGCACGCUCGCGAGCCGUACGACCUUCUAUCAAGCUGCAUUCCCAUGUCUUCCCGUGGCAGAGGUGGACAAAGUAGAAGCGCAGGAGUCGCGAGAAAGCAGCAGGCCAAGUGGGAUCAUCCCUUUGGGCAAUGGAACCGGUCGAGGAGCUGCCAACUACGUCCCACUGCAACAGCGACCACGAGAAGAGACGUACCAAGUCAAGAACCAACGCUGGGCCGAAACAACUGGAAAGAGGAGGGCCGAUAAGAAGCUAUCUCAGCAACAGCCGGUAGCGUCACAGCCCUGA